GGUGGCUAUUCUUGGUGCAUGGUUCCCAACUAAGUUCUGAUGAUCUAGGUCCCUCUACCCUCUCCUCUUCAUCUCUCUCUCCCAAGAAUCUCAGGAGAGAGAGAAAACAAAAGAAAAAAUAGCCAGUGGUCCACUAAUAGUUGCCCAAUACCAGUACCUGCACAACCUAGCUAUAGUUAGUGUAUAAAUGCAGCAACUACAUUAAACUCCAAACAUAUCUCCUCCCCUAUAUAUAAACCUAUAAUUUGAGCCGUUAAAACCAAAUUUCUUUCUCCAUAGUAUAGUUCUGUCCUCUUCUUGUUCUGGGUGCAAUGGCAAUUCAAGGAAAAACCCGUAAUUCUUUCUUGUUAUUUGUUGUUUUCUGGUUUUCUGCAAUCAACGCCAUUGUUGCUUUCAGAAAACUGCAAGAACAAGAGGAAGAUCGAAUUACAGCUCUUCCAGGUCAACCAGCAGUCACUUUUUCGCAAUUUUCUGGUUAUGUCACCGUCAAUGAGAAACAUGGGCGUGCUUUAUUUUACUGGUUGACAGAAGCUGCUACUUCAUUUCCUGACAAAAAACCUCUUGUUCUUUGGCUUAAUGGAGGACCAGGUUGUUCAUCAGUUGCAUAUGGAGCAUCAGAGGAGGUUGGACCAUUUCGGAUUGACAGAACUGGUUCAUCUCUUUAUCUGAAUAAGUAUUCAUGGAAUACAGAAGCAAAUAUUCUUUUCCUGGAGUCACCUGCUGGUGUGGGAUUUUCAUACACAAAUAAAAGUUCUGAUCUUAAAGAUUCUGGUGAUGAAAGAACAGCCGAAGAUGCUUUGAUCUUUCUCAUCAGAUGGUUUUCAAGAUUUCCACAGUACAAGUACAGAGAUUUCUACAUAGCUGGAGAAAGUUAUGCUGGGCAUUAUGUUCCUCAACUGGCAAAGAAAAUCCAUGAUUAUAAUAAAGCACAUUCCCAUCCAAUCAUCAAUCUCAAAGGAUUCAUUGUAGGAAAUGCAGUAACAGAUAGUUACUAUGAUAGCAUUGGAACUGUUACAUUCUGGUGGAGUCAUUCAAUGAUAUCAGAUAGAACGUAUCGAUCAAUUCUUGAUAACUGCAAUUUCAAAGACGAAAAUAGAUCAUCCGAAAAAUGUGAUGAAGCAGUAAAUUAUGCAAUGAAUCAUGAAUUUGGAGAUAUUGAUCAAUACAGUAUUUAUACACCAUCUUGCAUACAACUGCAAAAUAAUAAGAGCAAUUUAAGGCCUUUAAGGCUUUUCAAAAAUACGCUUCUACGUGGAAGAAUUUCUGGUUAUGAUCCUUGUACUGAGAAUUAUGCAGAGAAAUAUUAUAACAGACCUGAUGUUCAAAAAGCAAUGCAUGCCAAUGUUACAGGAAUUCCUUAUAAAUGGACUGCUUGCAGUGAUGUGCUUAUUAAGAACUGGAGGGAUUCUGAAUCUUCUGUAUUACCUAUAUACAAGGAGCUAAUUGCGGCUGGUCUAAGAAUUUGGGUUUUCAGUGGCGAUACAGACUCUGUGGUUCCAGUGACCGCCACGAGGUUUUCCCUCAGCCACCUCAAUCUCACCGUUAAAACGCGGUGGUACCCUUGGUACUCCGGCAACCAGGUAGGAGGAUGGACAGAAGCAUACAAUGGGCUCACAUUUGCAACAGUAAGAGGAGCUGGCCAUGAAGUUCCAUUAUUUCAACCACGAAGAGCUUUCAUUCUUUUCAGGUCAUUCGUAGCUGGAAAAGAAUUACCAAAAUCUUAACAUUGGCAUAUUACUCCAAGAUUUUUUUUUUUGGCUGCUUCAAGAAGGUUCUUGGAGUAAUCCUCAUGUAGAACCUUCCUCCCAUAAAAAUGAUGGGUGAAGCAACUAGCUAGGUUAGUUCAUGACUCAUUCAAAGUGUAAUCCAUGUUUCUAAAGACAAUUUGUUCUUGUUUCAAUUCAUACAAAUAGAGAUUUCUAUUUUUUGACAUGGGUAUAAAGCAAAAUGUUCUUUUACUA